AUGCGUAUAAACAACACUUUCUCUGCUGGUUUGCCUAUUGUUCAUUCGAAUGCAGAGUUUUCAGCUUUAGUAAACUCAAACACUUUAGCAAACAUAAACUUAACCUUAGUCGACGCAAACUUUGUUCCUGUAAAACUUUUAUGUCCUAUGUAUUUGUCAAUGACGGCAGAAAGUUUCGAAUUGGAAGAUGCAACUGGUGAAAGUAUUGUAUUACAAGAACAACUUCAACAACAAAUAGCUCAAGAACAACAAAUGCAACAAAUGCAACAACAAAGUCAAGAAUAA